AUGCUGGGAUCGCUGGCGCUACUCUUCUUCAUUGCAUUUUGCACGGCAGCUCUAGAACCGUUCCAAUGCCAGCCGCACCCGAACGGAUCAUCAACCAUGGCAUCAAACAUUGGUGCUUUGUGCAACUUCACGGGCGAGCAUUUUGACUUGUGCUUGAUUGGCGGCCUCCUAGCGAUUCUUCCAGCAGGCUUUCUGACUCUGGCUCUUUGGGUGAUUCGGGAGCUUCCACGUCGCCGCUUGGCAGCGGAUGAACGAUUUGUGCGCACUUUUUCCUUCAUGGUCCUACGCUUCCGGCCCGGUUGUGAAGCUUUUGCAGUCUUCAACAUGGUCCGCAAUGCGAUGUUCGCCUUCGCACCUGUGAUCCCCUUGCCUAGCGCCAGCCUCCUGCUGAUCUACGUGCUCUUGUAUGCCACAGCUGUUGUGGUGGUGUUGGUCAGGCCCUGGCGAUUUUCCUGGGCUGCCUACACCGAGGUUCUUCUUUGCGGUGUCUUCCUGGUUGUGCUCUUUCAAGGAACUUUUUUAGUCCCACAGACGGGUGCAGACUCUGGACCGCCUAUGGUAAUGUGUAGCAUUGCAAUCGGCCUGCUGCUGCCUGGCCUUGCAUUGAUAUCGCUUGCCUCAGUGGUGCAACAUGUUAGGCAUAAGUACAGAAAGCAGUUCCACUUCUUCCUAUCUCAUCAAAAAAAAGCCUCGGGAAGCCUAGCACGACUUCUGAAAAUGGAGCUUCGCGAAGCUUUCUUGGAUGCCGACAACCUCACAGACCUCACGCAGCUCCUGCCCAUUCUGACAGAACAAGUUGAGACCCUGGUUUUGCUUGCGAGUCCGAGCGUGUUGACCCGCAAAUGGUGUCUUGCUGAGCUGGUAACGGCUCGCUUCCGUGGCAUCAGCACGGUGAUGGUGAAGUUGCCGGAUUUCUUCCUGCCAACCGAGGAACACAUACAGUCCUUUGAGAAGACAGUUCCUGACAUUCUAGACCUGCAGGCAUUCGGAAUUGGGAUGGCAGACGUGACGGGCACCCUGCGUUGGCUGCGGGCAGUGAGCACACUGAGCCUGAGCCAAAGGCUGGAAGAAAUGGACGAAAUUCUGGACCACCUCCGGCUCACCAAAGGGAAGGCCAACGCCUCAAACGACUCCGCCCCAAAGCUUACGGACUCGGAUCGCGUGAUUCUCGCCGAUCAGGACCCGCAACCAGUCUUGACCUUGCCUGUUGAGG